AUGACUAUCAUGACAGACGACUUUCUCGGAAAGGCACAUACGUACGGUAAAGACGAAGCUCUGGCCGUCUGCAAACUCUUUGCUGCCUUGCCUGGAUAUCUUUCCAAUGCCGAACUUUCCGAGCAGCUCACCAACUUAGUUGUCGAGGAAAUGAUUGCGCAAAACUUUAUCUAUUUCAGACCAUUGUCUCCGUUCUCCAGGGAUCUUGUACCCCCCCAUCUGAAGAUGUCGUCACUCCUCAAAGUGAACCGGCCCGAAUUGCCAUGGAAACGUUAG